UCCAACACGAUACACGAUUCAAACGAUGAACACUGUUCCGAUAGUAAGUGCAUUGUUCACUCUAGUCUUCCUACUAGAAAUUCAUUCUGCUCCGGAAAGGCCCAAAGUAAACCCGGAGCUAACCCCACCUCCUACGCCAUAUCCAACACAUCCGAUGGAUGAUCCCGAGUGGAAACCUCCUCAGGGACCACUUGCGGAAUUGGACCAACAAUUUUGGCUUAACAGUGGCCAGCAGCUGCUCGGCGAGCAGUUGUCCAAGAACCAGCUUGAUCUGAACGUCGCAAAAAAUGUAAUCAUCUUCAUUGCCGAUGGGAUGUCCAUUGCGACACAGACGGCUACCCGAAUGUACAUGGGCGGCGAGAACGAACAGCUCGCGUUUGAGCAGUUUCCGUACACUGGAUUAGCUAAGACCUACUGCAUCAACUACCAAGUUUCCGACUCGGGUUGCACAGCAUCAGCGAUUCUAACAGGGGUAAAGAACAACUACGGCACUAUCGCCGUCAGCGGACACGUACCGUUGAUGAACUGCGAGAAAAGUUUAGUGGAGGAAAAUCGACUUACUUCAAUACUGAAGUAUGCCCAGCAGGACGGUCGAGCGACGGGGGUUGUGACCAACACUCGGAUAACGCAUGCUACUCCGGCUGUUGCGUACGCUGUUUCUGGCGCACGCUACUGGGAGGAUGAUUCGGACAUGCCCACCGCUUGUAUUGAUAUAGCUAGGCAGUUGAUCUUCGGGGAAAUAGGUUCCAACUUGACGGUUGCUAUGGGCGGUGGUUCCAGACAUUUCUAUCCGGCGGGAAUGACAAACGUGCAUGGUUUUGCCGGUAUGAGGCAGGAUGGUCGCGUACUGACGGAUCAGUGGUUGCAGGCGGUAACUCAAAGGGGGGAAAGAGGAUUGUACGUUCACGAUAGGCAAGGUCUGGCGGGAGUGGACGCCAACAGUGUAGAUCGUUUGCUGGGUCUGUUUGCCGGAAAUCACAUGAGCUACCGACUGGAGCAUGCGGUGCGGGAACCAACACUUAUGGAGAUGACUUCGAAGGCGCUUGAGAUGCUGGCGAAAAAUAACCGUGGAUACGUGCUGGUUGUGGAAGGAGGUCUCAUCGAUCAUGCCCACCACGCCAACAUGGCCCGGCUAGCACUAGACGAAACGGUUGAGUUCCACCGGGCUGUUCAGUACGCAGCCCGGAACACUGACGAGCGGGACACACUAAUAGUGGUGACGGCUGACCAUUCACACACUCUCACCAUGGGUGGCUAUCCGGUGCGGGGUAACAACAUUCUGGCAACAGGUGAUUUCUCUCGUUUGGACCAGAUGCCUUUUUUUACGCUGACCUACGCUAAUGGACCAAGCUAUUUCGAACAUUUUCCUCCCGAUAGCAGCGGUCGCAGGAAUCCUUUGCUGAUGAGCUGGCAGAAUCCGGUCUUUACGUAUCCCGGAGCGGUUCCUUACGAGGACGAGACUCACGGUGGAGACGAUGUUGCUGUUUUUGCUCGGGGACCUCAUGGUCACCUAUUCACCGGCUUAUACGAACAACAUUUGAUUGGGCAUUUGCUUUUGUACGCAUCCUGUUUGGGGUCGGAUGAUCUGAGGAGAUCAGAUGCUUGCCUGGAACGGUUGCGGGGAACUGCCGGAAUGCAUAGUGCUUCAUCGGUAGCGAUAGCUAUAAUAACUCUCAUAACUAUCUAUAUGACGACCGAUUCAUAACAUGAACUGAAGCUUUUCUAUACACACUCAAAUCGCUUGAAGGCUAUUAAAUAUCAA